CUUCAUUCUUAGAGAAUGUCGUCAACUUUGGGCGUUUCUGCCCUUGUUGGUAGUGCAGAUCCGAAUUCUUACUUUCCUGGUCUGUUAAGACACCACAGUUCUGAUUGUGUUACAGAAAGAGUCGUUUAUCGGGAGACUCCUUACAACUCAGUAAAUGCUUCAUCCACUCUUGAUGUAUCACAUAGUCCAUUAAUUUCUUAUCCAUCUUCUAAAGAUCCUCUUCCUACUUGUGCUGGAUGCAGACAAAACAUUACAGAUCAAUAUCUUUAUCGUAUUCAAGGUUUAGCUUGGCACGAAUCGUGCGCAAUCUGUUCAGUUUGUUCAGUUGAACUCGUAGAAGUAUGUUUUAUCGUCAACAAAAAUGAACUGUUGUGUCAUCGAGACUAUGACCGGCUUUAUGCAACUAAAUGUGGAAAUUGUCGACAACCAAUGCGAAGUCAUGAGUUAUUUAUGCGUGCAAAACAUUCCACUUCUGUUAAAAAUCCACUUAAUUCUACAUUAUCCUCUUUAAGUCAGGAAUUAAUAUUUCACGUCUCCUGUUUUACAUGUUGCAUUUGUCAACAACCAAUAGCAGCUGGUGAAGCUUACAUUAUUGACCCCGUUACUUGUCGACCUAUGUGUCAUUCCGAUUUUAUGACUAAACAACAGAGACAACAAUCACCAAUACUGCCACAACGACCUAAUCAUCAUCAAAGUUCAACUUUAUCUACUACUGUUUAUCCUGUCCGAAUAAAUGAUCGUCAAUCAUCCGAUUUUAAAUCCUCCACAUCAUCGUCAUCAUCUCCUAGAAAUUGGCGACAGUAUGAUGAAAACACUGAACAUAUUCAUCAAUCUUCAUCAAAUUAUUGUUUAUCUAAUCGACAAAAUGAAUGUGAUGAUAUUGAAUUAACAAGUCAUAGAAAUGAUUGGCCAACAAUGGCUAAUCAAGAUUUAGAUCAAAGUUAUCAAUCAGUUAGUAGUGGAGGAUUUAGUUUAAAUAGACGUAUACGAACUUCACUUACUGACGAACAGCGUUAUCGAUUGCAGGAGGCAUACGAAAUAAAUAUUCGUCCAUCAAAAAGUAUACGUGAAGCCUUAGCCUCCGAGUUAGGUGUACCUAUGCGUGUUGUUCAGGUGUGGUUUCAAAAUCAACGUGCACGUGACAAACGAGCCUCUACCUUUGGUCAUCUAAAUCCUAACACUGACAAAUCAUCCGUUUCACAUAUAAAUACUAUUAACCCUCAUCAAUUUGAUGGUCAUCAAUUGCAUUUGCAGGAGCAACAACGAAAUCAUUGUAACAAGCAACAAUCUUCAGAUUUAUGCCCGUUUACUCCAUCUCCACACACCUCCGUUGAAAGUGGUCCUUUUCCUGAAUUCGGUGGAUUUUCCUCUGACAAUCUAGUACGCUACGUUCCCGAUGUUAAUAUGCACAAUGAUUCUGCUGACGUGCAAUCUUGGAGAUCUGUAUCACAUGCUGUGUGGCUUGUAGAAAAUGGGAAUGAAAAUUCAACUAUCAGAUGAUGAUGCUGUCUUCGUUGUCGUAUGUGUAGAAUAAUGAUGAAAUUAUGUUUAAAUUGUGAAUAAAUACAUAGAUAUAUCAUCAUAACCAUUCUAAUUCUAAAUCAUUUUUCUAUGUAUUCUUUGUUGAACUUUCUCCUGUCCAGACAUAUAUAUAUAUAUAUAUAUAUA